GCUGUCGUGUCGCUCGCCAUGUUGCUGCUUCCCGCAAAACUUUUGACCCUGAGCACGUGACCAUAACAUUGGCAUUGGUGUUGCAUUGUGGGUGGUGUAGUUCUUAUUAGUUUUGCUUCACUGGCUGCACAUACCAAAGUACAGUGUAAGUGCAGGUGGCUAUAUUAGAGAGGAAUCGAGUGAUUGAGCAAUAUUUUAAUGAAAGAAGAAAUAGGCGACACUAAUACGACAAAAGAAAUUCUUAUGUUCUGACAGAUCUAAGUAGGUAAGGUCAGACAAAAGGCCCAGUCAUGAAAAACAGGCACCAGAAAUCACCAGGAAGACAGGCACUGGCAGCCUGGUUCCCCGGUCAGCAAAAGUGUCCCAGCUGAAGGCAGUUCAUCAACAUGCCGACAGUCAAAACAUCACCGAUCUGAGCUUUUUUCCCUACUUGGAGAAGGUGAAAACCAUGCGCUACUUCUGGGAGAUGAAGUCUGAAGUAAAGAACCCUACCUCUAAUAAAGCUGUGAAAGCGCCUGAAGACAUAACUCCUGCAUGUGAACCCAAUAAUCAAGAGGCUUCUGCUUUUCCCAAGAUAAAGCUCCAUGGACCAAAGCAUUUCCUCGCCUCCCGUAAAUGUGGAAACUUUCUGAAAGACCACAAAGUCAAAGAUGGGAAGGAGAAGCCCUGUAUGAGCCUAAAGGGUCUGAAAGCUCAAAAGAAGAAGAAGCCCCCAGACACAGCAGACACUGUUUCCUUGAGGAAGCAGGCAUUGCUUCUAGAAGAAGUACAGAAACUCAACAGGGAGAAUGCAGAGAAAUCACGCCAUCAGCUCACCCCUGGAAGUCUGGAUCUGGAGGCUGGAGUUUCCCCUGAAGAUGCAAACCUUGAUUCCUCCAGCUGCAACUUGCUGGACUACCUCCGUGAAGACUCCAAAGUUCCUGUGGCUGAGAGAGAUGAUUUGUGUGAGGGGAAAAAUGUGGAGGAAGAUGGGCAGAAGGGGAAUGAAGACAAGGCAGCUGUAAAGGAGACAGAAACCAAGCUUGAAGAGGAUCUAGUGAAGGAGAAAGAGGAGGGGCUGGAAGUCCCAGAGGAGAAGGAGAAGGAGAAAGAAAAAGAGGAAGCUACUGCUGCCAAGGAAGAUUUGCCACAAGUACAGGCCUCAGAACCCCAAGAUGCUCAGAAAGAUCCCAUUCCCAUAAGCAGUGAUGACCACAAAGGUGCCUCCCCGUUUCCAGAGGCUGAACAGGACCAGUUGGCACAAUUUAGCGCCAGUAGUAAGCGCCAUGUGACCGACGAUGACGCUGUAGUGGAGGACCACAAGAAGAGCCGAGUGGAGGAGGGAGAGGAGGAGGAGGAGGAGGAGGAGGAGGAAAAGGCAGAAGAAGAAGAUGAAAAACAGAAUCUGGAGUCUGACGGCUGGGCCGUCUUCAGGGCAGAUGGAGUUGAAAUCCAAAUGGAGCUAAAACAAAGAGUGGAGAAAAAGAGACAGGAGGAAAAUGUUACAGAGAGCAAAGAUGAUGAUGAUGAUGAUGAUGCUGAGCGAUACUUUAUUGACAACAGCCCUCCUCCUGCAGCUCCCUUUAAUCACCGGAUUGUGUCAGCCAAGCCCAACCAGAUCAAUAACUUCUACACCAUCAAUCGGCAGGAGGUCCUUGGCGGGGGCCGUUUUGGCCAGGUGCACAAAUGCGUUGAGAACUCCUCCGGUCUCACUUUGGCAGCAAAGAUUAUCAAAGCCAGGAGUCAGAAAGAGAAGGAAGUGGUGAAGAAUGAGAUCCAGGUUAUGAAUCAACUGGACCACGCCAGUCUGAUCCAGCUCUAUGCGGCAUAUGAAUCGAGGAAUGACAUCAUCCUUGUACUUGAAUAUGUUGAUGGAGGGGAGCUGUUUGACAGGAUCAUCGAUGAGAACUACACUCUGAUGGAGCUCGACGCUGUCAUGUUCAUCAGGCAGAUCUGUGAGGGUCUGCAACACAUGCACAAGAUGUACAUCCUACAUCUAGACCUAAAGCCAGAGAACAUUCUUUGUGUGAGCAGAGCCACAAAUAAGAUCAAGAUCAUCGACUUUGGUCUCGCCAGAAUAUAUAAACCAAGGGAGAAGCUGCGAGUGAAUUUCGGCACCCCCGAGUUUCUUGCUCCUGAGGUAAUCAACUACGACUUUGUGUCGUUCAACACAGACAUGUGGAGCCUGGGAGUCAUUACCUACAUGCUCCUCAGUGGUCUGUGCCCCUUCCUGGGCGAUGACGACAAUGAAACUCUGAAUAAUAUCUUGAGCUGUAAGUGGGGCUUUGAAGAAGAAGAGUUUCGAGACACCUCCAGCGAGGCCAAGGACUUCAUCACCAGACUCCUUGUUGUUAAUAAAAGCUGGAGGAUGGGCACCGCUGAGGCCUUGAGACAUCCUUGGCUGUCUGACCCCGUCCUUCAUCACCACCUGUAUUCAAAGAAAACCAUGUGCAAAUCACGACGAUCAUCAAUUGUGCCCCCCACAGAUAGUUAAGGGCUUUACAAUGACGUGAUGGCUCCCGCUGUGGCCACUCGGACCAACCCUCCUGUACAUGUAGAUUACCAGAGCCUAGCCUACGGGUGCACCUGUGGCAUUAACCACCAUUUACCAUGCAAACCCUUCUCCUGACAUAUGAUGUACUCUUGCAUUGAUGCAAACAUUCAAGGAGAGGGUAAGCAAGAAGUAAUGGGAUUUUGGUUGAUCAGGGUUUAAAUGUGGAUAAUCACAUCAUGCAUCAUUUCCUGAAAAUAUCUUCUCCUUGAAUGGUGUUGAAUUCAUAGCUGUAAUGCUAGAGGCAUAUGGCAUUACAAAAUGGUGCUAAUGCCAUGAUCAGACCUUGCUUUCUCUGGGGCGUGUAAUGUCGAGUAGAUAUCGGUCUUGAUUUUGGUGUGACACGUUUACCUUGAAAGUCGAAUGUGUGCAGUGCUCUCACUCCCUCACUGUCAAAUAUCCGUCCCGUUAUCCGCCCUCAUCAGCUCUCUUUCCAUACUCGUCAUUCACCGACCACAAGGUUCGCACAGUGUGCUGUGACUGUACGCUGCUGUUCGUUUCACUUUCUGCUACAAACCCCUCCACCCUACAUGUUUAAAAAUGUACCUCAACCACCACUGUAUGAAGGCUAUUGCAUGAGUUUGUGCUGUAUGAUGGCAGCAAUGUGUGUUGUUAUUUCUGCCCUUUCAGUUGCAAUUGUUACUCAGCGUUGUUUGUUUUUGACAUGAACUGUAAAUAGUUUCUGACGUGUAAUACAUGUAAUAAAUCCCGAGCGACUGCACCGAACAGAUGCAACACAGUAAAUGAACUUUUAGCUUUUCUCAUAAUUAGGAGAUAGACUUAAAGAAUAGAUCCAGGAUGUGUGUGGUAUGUACGGACUGAAUGGAAUUUAUGUGGUUGGAUUCAUGAGCUGUAGUAUGUGCACUUUAUAAUAUUAUUUAUUUAAACAGAGGUAACACAUGAAGCUAGUCCCAGCCGUUUAGGAAAAUGUCAUUGGAAAGGCUCGUAUGCUUUUCCCCACAUCCCAUAUAUCUGUUUCACUCUGCUUUGUCCAUGUGUGAAUGAGGAGAACACAUUUUUACUUUAUAAUAAAACAAUUCAAGUCUUA